UGCAGCACCAAGGAGAGAAGUGUUGUCAGAGGUUAUUCGAGGCGACAGAAAGCUGACGCAACAUUCCAUUUGAGGCGCGUCAGGAGGUCUCACUUCGAUGAUCGUUUGGAUGGUCCUGAAGAUACACUGAUUAUGGGCAGUCAUCGAGGCUUGUGGCUGUUUUCUCUGCUGCAAGAGCUGCUGAAGAGUGUUUCCUCUGUCGAAAUAAUUGAAGACCGUGCCUUGUAGCUUGAACAGUGACAAAAUAUGAACUUUUUGUCUUUGAAAUCAAAAUUGGUGUAAAUUCAUUUGCUUCAACGGUGUAAGUUAUGGGACAGGUUCUGUUCACGUUUGAUGAGGGACCAAACAUUACUUACAGACUUCUAUCCGAUUGAAGGCCUACUAAAAUGUAACUUAGUAGUUUGCUCUAAUGGAGGAAAUCUAUCUGAAAACUCGCUUCAAAAUUUUUAUAGCAAUUAACAUAACUCAAAGACUUUUUUCCGAAUUCAAGCGGAUUAUACCACGAAGAAGGAACAGUAACCCUAAUUUUCCGAAGAGUUUUCCCAUUUUACACGAAAAUGAAGAAGAAAUAUCUGUGACAAAAUGAAUCACAGGCAAUCUGUUGAUGUUUCAGUUUGGUGUUCAGAUUUACGUGGAACUAGUACCUGAAUAAUUUCCCUUAAGUAGUUUAAAAAGGGACCGCAGUGGUUAGGUGACGGCUGUAAAGCAGACUAUGAGCGACGUCUCCCAAGACUUGGCCUUUCACUGUGCCGUGCAGAGCGCCAGAGGCAGAUGGGAACGUAGCUGAGCGAGUCCACCACGAUGGAGAUGGACGCCGAAGUGCAGGCGCUGCUGAAUGCGACAAGGUGGGAUGCGGAAGAGUUGCGCUGCUACCUGGGGGCGGCGGAGGUGGCUGCGGGGGGUGCCGUUGGAGGCAGCGGAGGCGGUACUGGGGGCGGUCUCGGAGGAGGGGGCGGCGUGUGCCCGCAUUCCUGGGACCGGCUGCUGUGUUGGCCACCAACCAAGGCCAACACUGCCGCCGUCCUGCCGUGCUUCGCCGAACUCAAUGGCAUCCCCUACGACACGUCUCAGAACGCGUCGCGGUGGUGCCACGCGAACGGCACGUGGGACGGCUACAGCAACUACUCGCUGUGCCGCGACCUCAGCCAGCUGCCGGCCGCGGACCGCGUCGAGGUGGCGACGGCGCUCUACUACGCCGGCUACACGCUGUCGCUCGUCGCCCUCUCCGUCGCCGUCUUCAUCUUCCUCUACUUCAAGGACCUCCGGUGCCUGAGGAAUACCAUCCACACCAACCUCAUGUUCACCUACAUGCUCGCCGACUUCAUGUGGAUCGUCACCACCACACUACAGGUGCUCGUGCAGACAGAUGCCUCGUCGUGCGUCAUUCUGAUGCUGCUACUGCACUACUUCCACCUCACGAAUUUUUUUUGGAUGUUCGUUGAGGGUCUGUACCUGUAUAUUUUGGUGGUGGAGACAUUUACGGGGAAAAAUAUACAACUCAGCGCCUACGUAAUAAUUGGCUGGGGCGCUCCUGCCGUGUUCGUAUUGCUCUGGGGGAUUGUCAAGAGCUUUGCACCAAGAGCGACGGAGCAGCAGGUGCACAGCACGGAGUCGCUGCUGCGGCACUGCCCGUGGAUGAGCCCAGACAGCUACGACUGGAUCUACCAGGCGCCGGCCAUCGUCGUGCUGGCGCUCAACCUCGUCUUCCUCGUCAUGAUCAUGUGGGUGCUAAUCACGAAGCUGCGCUCGGCCAACACGGUGGAGACACAGCAGUACCGCAAGGCGACUAAAGCGCUGCUGGUGCUGAUCCCGCUGCUGGGCAUCACCUACAUCCUCAUGAUCGCCGGACCCACAGAGGGCUUCUCCGCCGAAAUCUACCUCUACCUCAGGGCCGUGCUGCUCUCCACACAGGGCUUCACGGUGGCGCUGUUCUACUGCUUCCUGAACUCAGAGGUGCAGAACACUGUGCGUCACCACCUGGAGCGCUGGAAGACGGCUCGCACGGUGGGCGGCUCCAGGCGCUACACGCGCAACUACAGCCGCGACUGGUCGCCGCGCUCGCGGACCGAGAGCAUCCGGCUGUCGGUGCAGCCGGCGGUGAGCUACCGGAAGCGCGAGUCGACGGCCAGCGAGACGACGACGACGACCCUGCUCCAGCGCCGAGCACGCCGUCUGAGCGUCCGCCGACACUCUGCUCUGACGUCAUCCGGAGGCGUCGCGCAGUCACCAUUUAAAGCCAUCAGCAAGUUACUUGUACUGUAA